ACAUUGUCUUUGUCACCUUUUCGACUCAAAAAGAUCGGGAUUGGCAUAUUUAAUACUGCGCAAAAAAGUUGCCUGUAGUGCCUGAUUACCUGUAGUUGUGUAGUCUGUAGUCCAUCCACAAAUUCCACAAAUAUUGUUUUUUGUUCCAACUUAAUUCUGUGCUAAGUCUGUGUGCGUGCAAAGAAUAGAACAGAAAGAUUCUAGGGAUCUAUGGAUCUUUCUCUUUUUAGUUACUGAACUGAACGCGCCCGCUCGUUUCUUGUAGAUUUUGUGAGCUUUUGUUAGUUUUUUCAUCUCAAAAAUGGAUUCGUAUCUGCAUUUCAGCGUCUGUGAAGAGUUCUGUGUGAUGUGAAAGUUUCAUUUUGAGACUAUACAAUGCAGUGGAAAAGAUUAACCGUUAGGGUGUUCCUGCGCCGAACGACAUCGCAAGCGCUGACUGUGUUCCUGCGAUGACCGUAAGCCACAGCGGGAACCAUGAUCGCCAAUUUGCCGCUUUUGUUUGCCAACGGCAACCCGACGGCGCUGUCAAAGAUCACUGCCGCGGAGCUGGAGAAGUUCAUCACAUUCAUGGUGACAUGCUCCUGGGGGCACGACACGGCUCGUGACAUUCGUCAGCCGCCGUGGUGGCCGAGCGAUGUAGCAUUCUCGCACCCCUUCGUUCGACCCGACACCGUGCCCAAGGACUGGGAGGGAAGACUUAAGAACCUGGUGAGGAAAUGCUACGACUUUCACAAGAGUGCUUUUCUGCUAGUGUUCUCGGCACAAUUGGCCCGCUACCCGCGCAAUCGGCUCAGAUAUGUCGAUAAUCACGACCACACCACGUCUCUCUAUUAUAGACCCAACAGUCGCCUUUUGGUAACAUUCAGAAAUGAAAACUUGUUUUAUGAUAAAGGCACCCCUAUUGAGAUAGAUGAUGAACCUCAGCUCAAAUCUACCGACAUAUAUCUCUGUGACAAUUGUGACAGUCAUUUUGAUAAUUUCAAUGUUUUGAAAGCACAUGAAAGACUGUGUAAUAAUGAAAAUCUGCCGAGUAGUACAUGUCGUGGAGGACUGCCUGAAUUUCUUUCAGCUCUGAAGCUAAUGCCAGCUGGUGAUCAAGCAGAAGAAGCUACUUCUACUUGUGAUGAUUCACAAAGUAAACCUAGACACUCAAGAAGUGUUUCAAAUAUUGACCGUGGACCGCCAUAUCCAUUUUCCUCAUUGGCUUACAUCCGAAAUGCGAAAACAAAUGCUCAAAGAGACUUGAGCUUUACACGAGAGAGAAUUGAAAGGUAUUGUUGCACCUCAACGCCUAUUAGUAAAAAUUUAGCUAGUAAAAGCAAAAAUCAACAGUUUCCCAUCAGAUACAGACGGCCCAUUGAUUACUGGAAUCGUAAACAUGUAUUCCCAAAUCAGAGAAAUAAGAAGAUACUCGAUUUAAAAGCACAGUUGCUUCUACUAAAGUGUCGACCGAUCUCCGUAGACGUACAGAGAAUGUCAAUGCAGAGCAUGCAGGCAUACAUCGACAAGCUUAGAGAGGAAUCUGAAAAGAAAAUGGAGUAUACAGAAGAUAAAGAUGUGGUGUUUGUGGACGGUUUUGACUGUGAUCAGCCUAACGAGACGGACGUUAGGGAUCCGUUAAAACGAAACGAUACAGAGUGUGAAGUGAUUGAUCUGUGUUCUGAUGACGAAAGUCCUAGUGUGAACGAGAACUGCGACCCGCGCGCGGGGGUGACGUGUGUGAUGCGCGGCGGCGCGGUGCUGCGGCGCACGGCAGCCACGCCGCUGGCGCUGCCCGCCGAGCCUUGUGGCGCGCGCCAGCGCCCGCUGCCCGCCGCCAUAUUGCACCCGCAUCCCGUCAUCUUGAUUGCACACACACUCAACAACUUACAGACUAUAUCCUUAGAAUGAAUUAACAUAUUAUUGUAAUAUUAGGAACAAUGCUAAUACUAUUUAUUUUACUUCAUGACGAUUAAAACUUAAACAUUCA